UUUUAUUGACAUUAAAAGCAAAGCUUCAUUUUUAAUAUAAAUCAAAAUUUUUAUAGAAAACUAAAUGUCUUUAACGCUGGAUGUAAAUUUAUUUCUCAAUAAAAGUAUGUGUAACAACAGCUCCUCCGAGUACAUUCCUUUGGAAGAUGAUCCAGAAAUCAAUAUAUUCGAUGAAAUAGAACAUUUGCUUAAGUUUAAUCAGAAUAUGGAUUAUAACGCUGAAAGGAAAAGCAAUGAAAGCAAUCAAUUGAAUUUGAAUUUUCUUCAUAACAUUUGUCCUACGGAGGAUUUUUUAUUGGCCUCUGAUAGUCAAAGUCUAUUGGGGGAAGAUCCUUUACUGUUUACCGUCGAACAAGACGUUUUACAACCGGUUAGCUCAAAAUUUCUGGUACCUGGCAUUUAUAAACGUAUUGCUGAAGUGGACGAAUUGUCCAAGAGGCAAGUCAUUGAACCAUCGGAUAGUGUGUUCGUUAGUGAGUCGCAAGGUAGAAUAAUAAAACGUCAAGAUUUCCAUGAUUUAUAUGCAUUAACCGAUGAAUGCGGUGAACCUCCACCAAGAAAAGUAUUGCUGUUGCAGUCAAUGGAAGCGAAUUACUCGGAUGACAUAGAAGUGGUAGAUCCACAACGGGUACCCAAACGCUGGGAUGCUUUAAAUCAUUUCGCUUUCGAUAAAUUAAAAAUAACUAAUCAUGACCAUAUAGUUAUUGAUCGUAAACGUAAUGAAGUCGUGCGAACAGAACGCAAUACUGGUCAAAAAACAAUUUACCGUUUUCUCGAUCCCCAGGCAAUGGGUUUGCAAAGAGCAGAACAACGUCGCGGAAAUAGUGCAAAUGUAAAUAACAUGGGCGAUUUGAAUUCUUGUGAAAGUAACAAGCCAGUCACAGAAAAAAACUUAAAUAAACGUAAAAUGAAAGCAGGUCGACCGCCAAAACAUUUGCAAGGACUAGUUAGGAAACAAGUCCAAAAAGUUGAGGAUAAAACACAACCGAAGAUCAAGGCACCUAACUUAGAGCUCAGGACGCGCUCAGGUCGUUUAGUGAAAUCGCCAGGAGAAACGAUAGAUUGGGCAAAAGAAACCACCCUAAAUACUUCAACCGAUUUUAACGCAUUUUUAAACGAACUCCGUGAUGGAAAUUACCGAGCUACCAAUGCUCGUCAAACUAAAGAUCCCAUUUUAGCAAUACCAACUACAGAUGCUGAGGCGGAAGCUACACCCAAACGUAAAGUGCCACCUGAAGCUAUAUGUCCCACUUGCUAUAAAAUAUUUUUGGGACGUCGUUUACAAAAACAUUUUGCACAACAUCCUGAUCACAUGAAAAUUGCAAACAAUAAUAAUAUAAGCGCCUCAUCUACCGUAGAAGACGUUACAUUGUUUCGCUUCCUUAUAACAAAACUGCAAAAAUCGCAACAUCUUAAUGAAGAUCAAAAGGCUGAUUUGUUUCUUAAUGAACUCAAUGAUUUCGUGGAACAAUUACAAUUGCGUAGUUCACGUCUUGUACGGAAUACCACUGGUAUGCACUUUGUAAAUAACCGCUGCUCACGUAUCCUAGGCAUUCCGGAAGGACAAUACGCCUUAGACUUAACCGCUAUGGAAGAUUUCGAGACGCCACAAUUACUGCACUAUGAACAUUCCAAUCCGCCGGCUUUACCGAGUGGACCCUCUCAGGUAAAUACACGCAGUUUAGAUUAUACAAACCUAUCGAUUACUAUGGACGAAACUCUGACCGAUGAAGCGGCACAAAAAUUAAAUCUUUCGGCGGGGGGAAAACUAUUGCCACCGUCAGAGGAAAGCUUGCUUAGAGCUGUCGACGAUUUGGUGCAUACCGAUAUUAAUAAAAUCCAUGCAAGCAACUUGCUACAGCCAGUUGUUACUAACUCAAAAACAACAUCGGUUAAAGGUGCCACAGUUGUUGCCAAUUUAUUGCCACUCCAUAUCGACCAUGUCAGUGAUAAUGCAGUGGAAGCAGUUAGUAUGAAGGACAUUUCAACGGCUGUUACACAACAGAGCACACCUUUACUGGAUCUAUCGGUGGAUUUUUUUCAAUUUAAUAAUUGAUUAAAAAAUCAUUGCAAACAUUUUAUCAAAAGGAAAUUUUUAAAUU